ACCAAAUCACGCCGAUUCAGUCAACGACUUGAAGAGAAGCGAACAUUGGUCACGUCUUUCAAAAUAAUGUUCUCCGCUUUCGUCUUUCUCGCUGUGGGCGUUCUGUGCAGCGCAGCUUCGAAUUCUACUACCCCUCCGCCGCCUCCGAAGCACUGCGAGAGUCCAAACCAAUGGGAAGGCACGGCGUGGUUCUUCCAAGCAGAUGCAGGGGUCACCAAACUAAUCAGGAUGUCCUAUGACAACGUCAACAAACGUCUUCGAUCUGUGGGUAGGACUCUCACUGGACCGUUCGCAGGGUUCUCACUAGAGAUGAUCCUACUCUACAAGGAAAGUCGCUUCUACUUCCUUAUUGGAGAUGCGAAACUUUGCAUUGAAUCGAACGAGUUGGACGAGUGGGUGCCGGCCGGUGUUCCAUCUGAUGCCACCUACAGGUAUCACGUGGUCAGGGGACUUGGCAAGAACUCCGUGACCACCAACACUUGGGCAAAGUCUUACCAAGUCGGCAUCGACCAAAAUGCCAAGAAAGUGCCAUGGUCCCAUGACAAUCAUCAUCACCAUGGCCACACACAUACGUGGUUCGCUUCGUUCACGGACGACCUCUGCGUGCCUGUUCUGGAGACCAUCUACGAAGGAAAUCUACUGGACAAGGAAGACAUUUACUAUCGUACCGAAAUUCUUGAUGAAAUCCGCUACUCCGGUGUGAGCGCUGGCAUUAAAGAUCCCAGUGUGUUUGACCCGCCGUCCUACUGCAACAGCGGAGGGAGCAAGAAUGCUACUCUGUUGGCUAUGUUGGGUGAUAAAUUGCAGUGGCACCGUUAUAUGUUUGUGUAACUAAACGCGGCAGUGAAGCAGAGAAGAGGAGGAUGACGUUUGCAGUGGAUUGAUUGCCUUUUUGUUGUUGUUGUGCGUUGGCCAUGGUAUUGAAACUAUUCUAGCUGCAUUGUUGUCUCAGAUUGUUGUUCGGCUAUAACAAGAGAUCGUUGAUUUCGUUGGCACAUAGA